GAUGUACAUGUAUAUGUUGCAUAAAAUAAUAGAGUUCAAGCAUGUAAAAUAUAACCAAAGUUGUACACAGUCAUCAGAUGAAGUAAUAGAUAAGAAACUCCCUAAAAAAAGCUAUCUUGGAGAUUUAACAAGUUUAGAUAAAAGCCUUGCUGAACCUUUAAAAAAGAAAUUACUACAUCAACAAAAGUGUGAUGAUAUUAAGUUAGAUAGUAGUUUAAUUGUCUUUGUUAGAAGAAAAAGUGAUUCUUUCAUUAAUUUUUUACAAAAUUACUGUGAUGGAAAAUCUAUUGUAGGCAUAGAUAUUGCAAAAUUAAUUAGACAAGUAAAACCAGAAAAAGGUAUAAAGUGUAAAUAUCUAAUAAUCACAGACACAAGUUUUGAUUAUGAUAAAGCUGCAUUAGCAGUAAAUAUUCUUAAGUUUGGUUUGGAUGGUGUAUUGUGUAUAAUUCAUAUUGAGGAUUUGUGUGCUAGUGAUCUUCCAAAUAUCUUUAAAGAUUGGGAAAUAGAAUGCCAACAAAUAGUUAUCCAUUUACCAGAACAUCCAAUUGUUAUCAAUAAUUAUGUUGAUGAAUUUUUUCAAAAUUUUAAAGAAAUUAGUUCUGCUAAUAAGCUAUUCAUAUGUAUAACUAUCAACAUUAAUAAUUCAAACAGACAUUGCAAUUUCCCAUAUAGAAAUUGUGAUCUUUUGGUUGAAUUGGAUGAAAAGAAUUGCUUAAAAAACAAAUUUAUUGAAACUUUUCAACUGCAAAAUAGACUAGUAACACUAGUUAACCCUUACAUUAAAAUAAUUCACUUUUUAUCAAGAAUAAAUCCUGAUUCAUUACUUGAAAAGCCAGAUUUAAAAGUACUUGUUGAUAGACAUAUUGAAAAUGUGAAGAAAAAUACCAAACACAUAUUCUAA